UCAGUGGGCGGGGCAGGCUACAGCCACGCCUCAUGUACAGCCUUGAAAACCAGCGGCGGACUAGCUUCAGUUCGUAGCGGAGCUGCAGUCUGAGCAGGAAACUGCAUCUUCAGACUUCUGCUCAGCCACGAGAGGAGCUAGGGUCAUCGGACGCCUAGGACCCUUUCACAGUCAUCCGACUGGCCGGGCCAACUCCCCACCAGUUUCCUCAGCCACAACCUUACCUGUGAUCUCAGGACUUCCCCGACUUCCAGCGGAUGCUCAAGCUGACCCAGGACUGCAGUGAGUGGGACACUCAGCCCCUUACUCAGCUCUCCUCCCGUAUCAGCGUCUCUCCCAAGGGGAAGAGCAUGGUGAUUGUUCCUUGAAGAACCCUGACUCUAGACGUCUGAGAAGAUGCUGGCCAUGAAGCUGUUCACUUGCUUCUUGCAAGUCCUGGCUGGAUUGACUGUACAUUCCCAGGGGACCCUGUCUGCUGGGAACAACUCAAGAGAAGUGGAAGUGGUGCCCUUCAGUGAAGUGUGGGGCCGCAGCUACUGUCGACCAAUAGAGAAGCUGGUGGAUAUCACUGAGGAGUACCCUGAUGAGGUAGCAUACAUAUUCAGCCCAUCCUGCGUCCUCCUGUCUCGCUGUUCUGGCUGCUGCGGGGACGAGAGUCUACACUGUGUGCCGCUAAAGACAGCCAAUAUCACCAUGCAGAUCUUGAAGAUCCCCACCACUGGCGAUCCUUCCUACGCGGAGAUGACAUUCUCUCAGGAUGUGCUCUGUGAAUGCAGGCCUAUUCUGGAGAAGACGAAGUCAGAAAGGAAGAAAAUCAGGGGGAAGAGGAAGAGAGAGAAGCAGAAACCCACAGACUGAGGAACCCCACCUGUUUGGUGGUGCUGUUCCCCGGAGCUGACCAGCCCCUCAGAGGAGAGACCCCACACCCUGCUCAUAUAUUUAUUACCGUCCCCCUCCCAAAUCCCUCCCUGCUGGUACCUACCCCCCUCUAUUUAUUAGCCAACUUGACCCUGCUGAAUGACUUGCUCCCGCCAAGAUAAGGAGCAUGGAAGGACAGGACCCUCAGGAAUCCAGUGCCUUAAACAGAACGUGAGAGAAGGAAAGAAGCCAGCCACGGUUCCGUGGGAGCUUCGGCUUGGGAAGAUGCAAGACAUAGACGUGGCCUCGCAAGGGGCAAGCCAGGCCCCUGAGGCUCUGGUUCUCCAGGGAAAUGGAGAAGGAAAGAGAAGGCCCAGUACCUACCCUGGUCCCCAGCUCCACCCGGACAGCAGCUUUGGCCAUGGCUGCUUUGAAGACAUGCAGUAGAGGGGACCCAGCCAUGCCCUCCUCCUGCUGCAAUCAACUGUUUACCCUGGAGACCAGGACAAGACAUUUGGCUCUGGAGAACAGAGCCUGCCUGUGGGCUUUGCCUUUCAGUCUAGAAGUUGACUCUUCAUCAUUUGCAAAGCACCCACCCUGCCCCCUCUCUGGGACAUAGGCAGAGUGGCCUGGGACUGGCCGGAGGGCAGGCUGCACGGGGAAUAAUUGCCCAAGGACUUUUAUCGCUGCAAGUCAGGGGCGUGUGUCCUGGUGUUACGGCUACGGAAAGCAAGCAGGUUCCUGGAGGGCCCUUGCAGCUCACCGGGUGUCUCUGCCAGAACUGU